AUGGAUGCUACCGCCCUAAGCUCUGCCGCAACCGUCGUCUCCUCCACAUCCUCAUCGCUCCCAAUCUUCUCUCCGAAGAAGAGAACAGACUCCUUUUCUCCGAGAAUCGUCCGGCUUUCCAAGAAGGAUGAUACAGAUCAUGAUCCGCAAUCCGAAUCGAACUCAUCGAGCCUCGUGCCUAUGUUCCGAAAUCGAACUCUCUCGAAUGACGAAGCCAUGGGAUUGGUGUUGAGCGCUGCAUCGGUCAGAGGCUGGACGACCGGUUCCGGUAUGGAAGGACCGUCUCUUCCGGCAAAGUCCGAUAAGGAGACUGUAUCAACAUUUCCAUGGUCACUAUUCACGAAAUCGCCUCGUAGGCGUAUGCGUGUUGCCUUCACUUGCAACGUCUGUGGCCAGAGAACGACUCGAGCCAUUAACGCUCAUGCUUACACUGACGGUACUGUCUUCGUCCAGUGCUGCGGAUGCAAUGUGUUCCAUAAGCUGGUGGAUAAUCUCAAUUUGUUUCAUGAGGUCAAGUAUUAUGUGAGCUCGAGCUUCGAUUACAGAGAUGCUAAGUGGGAUGUUGGAGGAUUCAAUCUCUUCGACGACAUGAAUGAGGAGGAUGAUAAUGAUGUCGGUGACGGCAAAAACCUCUUCCCUUUGUAA